UCCCUCCAUGGGAAGAUGCAGCGGGCGGGGCCGGAGGAGGCGGCGAGGACGCAGGCGGCGGCGGGGGGACCCGGGCGGAGCGGGGCCGAGGUGGCGGCGGCCCCCGCCGGGCGGCUCCUGAGGCGGGAGCUGCGGCUGCUCGAGUCCAUCUUCCACCGCGGCCACGAGCGGUUCCGCAUCGGCAGCGCCUGCCCGGACGAGAUCAGCUGCGAGUUCGUCCCGGGGGCCGGGGCCCGCGCCGGCGCCUCUGCCUCCCGGGGGCCGCCGCCGGGACCCGUCCGCAUUCACUGCAACAUCACGGAGUCUUAUCCAGCUGUUCCCCCCAUAUGGUCUGUGGAGUCAGACGAUCCCAACCUGGCAGCUAUCCUGGAGAGGCUGGUGGAAGUCAGGAAAGGAAACACCUUGCUUUUGCAGCACCUGAAACGAAUAAUCUCUGACCUGUGCAAACUCUACAACCUCCCCCAACAUCCAGAUGUUGAAAUGCUGGACCAGCCUCUGCCGGCAGAACAGAGUACCCAGGAAGAGGUGUCCUCUGAAGAGGAAGAUGAAGAGAUGCCAGAGGACACUGAGGACUUGGACCACUAUGAGAUGAAAGAGGAAGAGCCGGCAGAUGGGAGAAAGACAGAGGAUGAAGGCAUUGGCAAAGAAAACCUGGCCAUUUUAGAGAAAAUAAAAAAGAACCAGAGGCAAGAUUACUUAAAUGGUGCAGUGUCUGGGUCUGUGCAGGCCACUGACCGGCUAAUGAAGGAGCUCAGGGAUAUUUACCGAUCACCAAGUUUCAAGGGCGGAUACUAUGCAGUUGAACUAGUGAAUGACAGCCUGUACGAUUGGAACGUCAAACUCCUCAAGGUUGACGAGGACAGCGCUUUGCACAACGAUCUUCAAAUCCUCAAAGAGAAAGAAGGAACAGAUUUCAUCCUCCUCAACUUCUCUUUUAAAGAUAACUUUCCUUUUGAUCCACCAUUUGUAAGGGUUGUAUCCCCGGUGCUGUCAGGGGGGUAUGUUUUGGGUGGUGGUGCCAUCUGCAUGGAGCUGCUUACGAAACAGGGCUGGAGUAGUGCCUACUCCAUCGAGUCUGUGAUCAUGCAGAUCAGUGCAACGCUGGUGAAAGGGAAGGCACGAGUACAAUUUGGAGCCAACAAGAACCAGUACAGCCUGACAAGAGCACAGCAGUCCUACAAGUCCCUGGUUCAGAUCCAUGAGAAGAAUGGCUGGUAUACACCACCCAAGGAGGAUGGCUAGUGUGGAUGCUGCAGGACCAAUCUGAAUAUCUUCUGGAUGCUCUACUUGGAUCUUAGUGAUGCCUCUUGGCUUUCUCCCAGGAUGUAAUAGCUCUGCCUGUUGCAGGACAAUACUGGCUGUUCAAAACUCUAAAUAACUGUUUAAGGAGUUGGACUGACCCACAACACUUGCUGGGCCCAUGCUAGCAGGCAUUCUUGUUAAAACAAACUCUUGAGCCUCUUGUAUUGCUGGAAACUUCUGACUCUACUCCAGUCUAGAGCAUCCUCCUUACCUAUGCUAUGGAUUUAAUUUAUUUUCUUAUUUCAUGUACACUGCUUUUUUUUGUUACGGUGUAUGAUGGAUGUGUAUGGAAAAUGUAUCUUUGGAGAAAAAUUACAGUUUGUUAAUUUGAGAA